AUGUACAUCGCGGAAAACACACCAGCCAAGAUCCGUGGACGCAUGGUGCUCCUGGGGGGCUUCUUCGCAAUCGGCGGCAUCGUCCUGGCCUCAUGGCUCGAAUUUGGCCUGUGGUGUGUCGAGAAUAACUCAGUCAGCUGGCGUUUCCCCAUUGCCUUCCAGGCCAUUUUUGCCCUCGCCAUCACCUCCCUCAUCCUCUUCAUACCCGAGUCACCCCGCUGGCUGGUGCAGCGCAGUCGAAAUGAAGAGGCCGCCAGAGUCCUAGCCCAACUGGAGGACGUAGACGGCGACGACUUCCGCGUCGCCGUGGGCUUCAACACCAUCCGCCACUCCCUCCAGCAAGAAGACGAAGCCGGGGAAUCAGGAAACCCGUUCGCACGCAAUGAAACCCGCAACCUGCACCGGACCUGCCUCGCCGUCGGUGUCAACCUGCUCGCGCAGAUGAGCGGUGUCAACAUCAUCACCUUCUAUGGAUGUGUUGGCUACUGUGAGGGAGAAGACCGAGGAGCAUGUUGA